AAGCAAUCUGAAGAUUUAAUAUAUUGAAUUAUUAAAUAUUGUUUACAAUUGUAAAGUAACUUCGUACUACGAAGUCACAAAAUUGAGACAAAUCUGUGUUACAUGUUGAUUUUUGUAUAAUUUUUCAAAAUUGUACUCCUGGAAAACCUUUCUGUGUAAACCUUUUUCUAGUUAAAUUUCAUUCAUAAGGCCUCCAGUGGCUUAUCACAAUUUUUGGUUUGGUGCUGUAUUAUUGUCAGUUUAUGGUAUCAAUCUUUAUUACAAUUUAAGCUUCAUUAAUGCCUCAUACAAUAGUUCUUUCCAGAAUAUCACGGCAUAUUGUUGUGGAUAAGACAGGGUGAAUUUGGGGUUUAUUACAUUAUGUAAGUACAAGAAUUAAAUAAUUGAAAGAUACAAAUGCAAAUUCAAAAAUUCUUUUUCAUUGUUUCACAUUUAAGAUGUUACUAUAAGAACUAGUAUAUCUGUGACUUUGACGGCACUUCAAAAUGGUAAGUAUUGCCACAUGAAAGCUGAAGACAUCAGCCAUUCAAAUAUUAUUGGAUUCCAGUAAAGUGUCCUUAAGUAUUGUUAUAGCUUAUUAAAAUUGUGGGAAAAAUAUCUGGGUUCUAGGCAGAAAGAUUUUUCGUCAUCAAAAUUGAUCGGAAUGUAAAAUAUCCCGAGGAAGGAACAAAAUCUCCAUUUUGUAAGUAGAGAAGUUGUUCUGCAUGGCUCUGUAGUUGAAAUAUGCGUUGAAUCGAGUGCUGAGGGACGUUUUCCUAUUACCUUGUGAGUAUGCCCAUUUAACUUGCAGGUGGAAGUAUCCUGAAGACUGUCAGGCUUCACCUUGCACUGGUGAUGUACCUAUCUUAGACAAAAUUACUACUAAGUCACCUUCGGCCCAUUAACCUUUGCUGACUGAAGGUGUAUAAUCUGUUUCAUCUUUUAACGCCAUAGCUUAAAGAGUUGUAUUUCGAUCAUAGAUUUACUUAUUUAUCAAGACAAAUUGCAACUCACAUAUUUUUUUUCAACUGGUCUCUUUCACCCUUUAGGAAGAUAAAAUAUAAUUUGACACACCAUGUGGAUAGUUUAGAGGAAUUUUGUCACCAUUACAUCAUACGGCGACACCAUUCGAGUUUGAAGAUAUUUGUGACAGUCUCGGAUGGAUCUGGGAGAAUGCCCAAAAAUACAUGAUCUGGCACUUCGUGCUGACUAUGAAAAGGCCAGCAAAACAAAGGACUACUUCUAUGAUAUUGAUGCAAUGGAGCAUCUGCAAACAUUCAUUGCAGACUGUGAUCGUCGAACAGAGCUAGCAAAGCAGCGUUUGGCAGAAACACAGGAAGAAUUGUCAGCAGAAGUGGCUGCAAAAGCUAAUAAGGUUCAUGAGCUUGCGGAGCAAAUUGGCAAGAAGUUAGCACGUGCAGAACAGUUAGGUGCAGAAGGUCUUGUUGAAGACAGUAUGAAGUUGAUGGAGGAGAUAGAAGACCUGAGAAAGAAGAAAAGUGCUGCUGAGAGCGAAUAUCGCAAUUCGAUGCCUGCUAGUAGUUACCAGCAACAGAAACUCAGAGUUUGUGAAGUAUGUUCAGCUUACCUUGGAAUACAUGAUAACGAUCGCAGAUUGGCAGAUCAUUUUGGUGGAAAGUUGCACCUUGGUUUCAUUAAAAUUCGCGAGAAGCUUGCUGAAUUAGAGAAAACUGUAGAAGGACGGAAACUGCAGAUGCGCCAGUCAUUGAAGGACAGAGAUCGUGACCGUGAGAGCCGUGAGCGUGAAAGGCUCCGUGAAAGAGAUCGUGAAAGGGAACGAGAGCGGGAGCGUGGUCUCAGUGGUGGCUCAAGUAGGCACAGCCGUGACAGGGAAAGAGAGCGGGAGAGAGACAGAGACAGAGAAAGAGACCGGGAUCGAGACCGUGAGCGUCGUCACAGACACGGCAGCCGUUCUCGCAGUCGGGGAGAUAAACGUUCACGCUCACGCUCAAAGUCUCACAGCUCCAGAUCACAUCGGUCACGUAGCAGCAGUCGAUCUAGACGUUCACACCGUUCCCGCUCUGGUGACAGGAAGGAUAGAUCACGUUCCCGUGACAGGAAAAGGGAAAAUUAUGAACAUUCUUGACAGUUCCAGCACUAAUUUUGGAGGACUAUAGCUUUCUUAAUUUCAGUUUUAUUUUAAAGACACCAUAUACCAGUUGUUAAUAAUAUUCAUACAUUUUUGUUACUGUUCAAAAUAAAUUAGUGUGCUAGUA